CCGUUUCUUAGCAACGCCGUAAAAAAACUACGCUGACGUCCAUUCUUGUUUCGCGAGUAUUAUGGUCUGYCGGGAAUUCAGAGUGGCUGGGACUGGAAGGAGGGAGGGUGGAGGACGGGGGGUCAUAGCCGCCGCAGCAGCACCCAGCUAACGGGGAGGUAGCACCGGAGUAAACAUGGAGCUGUCCGCCGUCGGGGAGAGAGUGUUCGCCGCCGAGUCAAUCAUCAAACGGAGGAUAAGAAAGGGUCGGAUCGAGUACCUGGUGAAAUGGAAAGGCUGGUCGCCAAAAUACAGCACCUGGGAGCCGGAGGAGAACAUUUUGGACCCCCGCUUGUUUGUCGCUUUCGAGCAGAGGGAGCGAGAAAGAGAGCUGCAUGGGCCCAAAAAGAGGGGACCAAAACCCAAAACGUUUCUGCUCAAGGCCCAAGCUAAAGUUAAAACCAGGUCCUACGAGUUCAGGAAUGAGGUGGUCCGAGGGAUCACCUACCCAAGCCCCGAGCCRGUGGUCACCCCCAGGGCCCGGGAAGGCCUGAGAGCCGUCGUUCCCAMCAUCUUCCCCCCGAGCGCGGUCAACCGUGGGGAGAGCGUGUACCUGGGGGCGUCCGAGCUGGGCUUCUACGACCUCCAGCAGCUGGAUUCAGACGGAGCCAGAAAGAGGGGGCCGAAGCCGAAGCCCCGGCUCGUGGACGGCAGCUGCGGACCCUCUGUUUCCGAGCCCCACAAGAGGAGAGCGGAGGAGCAGCUGAGCCACGGCUCGCACAAACUCACCAAAGUCCAGGGGGGUGAGGAGGUGACCCACAGACACCCAGAGAACCACAAGCACCACCAUCUUUAUCACCACCAUCAUCAUCAUCACUACUCACAGAGCCGUGACCCGUCCGGCAGCACCCCCUACAAGCAGCUGUACUCCCACCGCCUCCUGCAGACGUACAAACCGGACUCGCACGGGUCCAAGUCCGGUUCGAGUCACUUCGCUGCCGUCCAGCACCGCUCCAAGAUGAGCCCGGGCCGGCCGGCCACGCCCCCUCGCAUGGAGAAGCCCUACUUCCUGGACAGGCCRUCGCCGACUCGGGUCCUGGACGACUCGGACGACGUGACCUGGAGGCCGAGUCUGAGCACCGUGGACCRGGUUCUGGUGACGGACGUGACGGCCAACCUGCUGACGGUCACCAUCAAGGAGAGCAGCACCUCGGAGGGCUUCUUCACUCACCACAGAUGAUUUCUGCAAGCUUCCUGUGUCCUCUGAACUACUGUGUGAUUCUUCUACAAAUCUUUCUGUGUAAAGUACAUAAAAACAGUUCCUCCGUGUUUAUACGUGUAAAUAUGAGAAAGUCUGACAUCUAUUUAAUGUAUCGACCAAAUUAAAGAAGUCCAUUUCACCUCGUGCA